ACGGCCUGCCUUAUGCCAUUUGCAUCUGACCAGAACCAGAAGAGAAGAGACAGAACAUAGAACAUAGAUAGAAGAGAGAGAGACAGAGAUUGUGCGGAGGGCUUUCUUCGUACGGUUCAUCGUUAUUAACGUAAAGUCUCCCCACCCUACAACACCAAGAAACAAAACAUGGGUGCAGGUGGAAGAAUGCAAGUCUCUCCUCCUCCCAAGCCCACCGAAACCAACAACACCCUCAAACGCGUCCCCUGCGAGACACCACCCUUCACACUAGGAGACCUCAAGAAAGCAAUCCCACCUCACUGCUUCAAACGCUCCAUCCCACGCUCUUUCUCCUACCUUCUCUCCGACAUCAUCAUCUCCACCACCCUCUACUACCUCUCCACAACCUACUUCCCCCUCCUCCCUCACCCUCUCUCCUACCUCGCCUGGCCUCUCUACUGGAUCUGCCAAGGCUGCGUCCUAACAGGCCUCUGGGUCAUCGCCCACGAAUGCGGCCACCACGCCUUCAGCGACCACCAGUGGCUAGACGACGCCGUCGGCCUCGUCUUCCACUCUUUCCUCCUCGUCCCUUACUUCUCCUGGAAGUACAGUCACCGUCGCCACCAUUCCAACACCGGCUCCCUCGACAGAGACGAAGUCUUCGUCCCCAAGAAGAAAUCCGACAUAAAAUGGUUCAGCAAGUAUCUCUGCAACAACCCUCUCGGACGGACAGUGAUGCUGACCGUCCAGUUCACUCUCGGCUGGCCCUUGUACUUAGCCUUCAACGUCUCGGGAAGACCGUACAACGAAGGCUUCCCUUGCCAUUUCCACCCGAACGCUCCCAUCUACAACGACCGCGAGCGUCUCCAGAUAUACCUCUCCGACGCCGGCGUCCUCUCCGUCUGCUACGGCCUCUACCGCUACGCCGCUUCGCGAGGAGUGGCCUCCCUGGUCUGCCUCUACGGAGUCCCGCUUCUGAUUGUCAACGGUUUCCUCGUUUUGAUCACUUACUUGCAGCACACGCACCCUUCGUUGCCUCACUACGACUCAUCCGAGUGGGACUGGUUGAGAGGAGCGUUGGCUACUGUGGAUAGAGACUACGGAAUCUUGAACAAGGUGUUCCAUAAUAUCACGGACACGCACGUGGCGCAUCAUCUGUUCUCGACGAUGCCGCAUUACAACGCGAUGGAAGCGACAGAGGCGAUAAAGCCGAUACUUGGGGAGUAUUACCAGUUCGAUGGGACGCCGGUGGUUAAGGCCAUGUGGAGGGAGGCAAAGGAGUGUAUCUAUGUGGAACAGGAUAGGCAGGGUGAGAAGAAAGGUGUGUUCUGGUACAACAACAAGUUGUGAUGAGAGGAUGCUGGUGAAAAAAAAGUUGUCGACCUUUCUUUUGUGUCUGGUUGUCUUUGUGUUAGAGAAGUCUGUUUUUUUUUUCCAGUAAUCUUAUCAUUAUUAUCCACUUUGUUGUGUUAUGACAUUUUGGUUAAAUUAAUUAUGUGAUGUGGGAAGUUAGUGUUCGUUGUUCAAAUGUUCUGUGUCUGUAUUGUUCUUUGGGAUCAUAGAAAUGUGACUUUCAGACGA